UGGCCCGGUUCAUUCAAGCUCUCCUGGUACGCGUUAUGAUAUCUACCAUCGUCAUACAUUCGCAAACGAAGUUCUCAACCGCAUCUGACGGGAGGAAUAUCAUCCUGAAUGAAUUAAUUCAUCAUUUUCUUCUGCUGUGUGGGUAUGACUAUAUCUGCGAUAUCUCGAAAUUUCAGCCUUUCAAUGUACCGGCACCAAAUGAAUCAUAUAACAUCACCGGCAUAUGUCCAAACUGCUACUGUGAUAACGAGUGCAUGGCACGUGGUGACUGUUGCCCGGAUGUAUACUUUGCUCUACCCCCAAUGGCUUGUGUUAAUACCACACUCCUAAUAACAACUGGUCCGACAUUCAACCUUGAACCAAAGCCUCCAUCUUAUGAAGUUGUGAACUCGUGCCCAUCCGAAACCGGAAACAAAGACAGAAAUCUAUGUGAGAAAACAUACACAAUAAAGGAACUUCUUACUCGUCCACCAGUUGCUUCAACAACAUUCCCAGUCAGUUAUAGAAACAAGCAUUGCGCCAAAUGCAACGGUGAAAAUGCCACCACAAACUGGAUUCUCGAUAUCGAUUGUCUUGUGUUUGCUGACUUCAAUUUUUUGUCGACAUAUGAGGAAAUAAUUGAUCUAGCUCGAAAACGACAAUGUCGAAUGAGAUAUUCCCCCAUGCAUAGUCCGGUCCAGCCAUGUAACCUUACCAUAAACGACAAUGAUUUGAUCAUUCGUUCUUGUAACGUUACCGGAUCUUGGAAAAUGUUCGACCACACGAUAGAAUUGGCAUGCGAGUCCACUUAUCACUUACAGUUCCGUGAAUACAAAAACGUGUUUUGUUACAUGUGCAAUCCACAUAGUCAUAUGCCUGAUGACGUCAUCGACCAAUGCAAUACGACCGGCAUGUGGUAUCCCUAUGAUGCAGGUUUAAAACGCGCUUGUGUGUACCAUUCGACUUCACAAAAUACUCGUCCAUUCAAAAACAUAUUCUGUUAUCUUUGUAAUCGGAUAGCCAAUGACAAUGUGACGUUUUAUGACGUCACCACCAACAUAUCAGACAUCAUAGUAAAGUCUGACAGACAUAAUAUAUACGAUUACGUGAUACGAACGGGACAACUUCGACCAGAACACAUUCGUUAUACCUUCAUAGAGCUCCAAAACAAUGCGGUUCAAAAUAAUUCCGACUGGAAUUUUUAUCCUCAUGGUUACAGCGAAACUGAUCUAGUCAUAAAGAAGAAAGACGUCCAGCUGAACGUGACCAACCUGGUAUACAAACAGUUUGCAGUUCGUCCGUUCGAUCAGUUUUGUGAUAAGACUAUAAUCCCUCUUCAGUAUGUUUUGGUAUAUUUUCGUACAUGUACGUGCCGACCGACCUGCCUGUUUAAGUUUGAUGGGUCCUGCUGUCUUGACUUCGCCUUGACAUACCCGGUGUCUUGCAUGGAUAAUUAUGCUUCACAGAAUAUACAUGCAGCAAAUUCUAAGAAACAGUUUCUAGUAACGGAUGGGUGCUGGCAAAACAGAGGACAUCCUACCAUCAGAAAUCGUUGUGUAUCUGAUAAUCAGACCGACCUGAUAUCAUUUCUUCCUUUGAUUAAAAGUUUCGACAAUACAUAUUACAAAAACUUUGAUUGCUAUCUCUGUAAUGCAAAUGUCGACGAAAUAUAUCCAACAGAUAGAAUUGAAAACAUAGUAACGAGUGAUUUCUAUCUUUUAUCUGACAUUCAUAUUGUAUGUGAUUCUGUUUUAGAUUAUAUUCACCUUGUUUCGUUCAUGGAUGUGAUCAAUCUGUCAAAAAACAUUAAUUGUUCCGUCAGAUUUGAUUUGCACAAUCCAUAUAAUCAAGAUGUGACAUGCACUACUAGUUCAAAAUCAGAUGUUAUCGAUAAAUGCAACGUCACAGGAAACUGGCCAGUAAACGACCCGGAUGUUAUUUGGGCAUGUGAAGAAGCUACCUCCAAUAGCUUACCUGAAUAUGAAAAUUUUAAAAACUUUUAUUGCUACCUGUGCAAUCCGGAAAACUCCGUCACAGAUGUCAUUUCAUCCUGCAACGAGACUGGCCAAUGGCAGAAAUACAAUAUUAAUCAUGAGAAAGCUUGUCAUCUUUUCCCUCGUAUAUACAGCUACCCACAUUACAAAAACUUAUUUUGUGAACUUUGUAAUUCGGCUACGAUCCCUAAUAUAACAGGAAACGUUAGAGGUAGCGUAUCUGAUGCGGGCAAUAUGGGACCCACACUUCCGUUACCUCCUUUUGAUGUAACCUUCCGGUCUAUAUUUUCGGUGGCGGAAUAUGAUGAUACGGUGCCGGAAGUGGACGGAGAAAGGUGUCGCAAAGACCAAAUUUACGACUAUCGGCAGGACUACUGCCGAAACAUUUCUUGUUUUCCUGGAAAAGUUCUAAACAGUACCAGCUGUAUUCCGUUACUGUCUAUAACAAAUAAUUUGCGGUACACAGUCUCCAUUGAGUUCACUGGUCAUCUCCAACGAAACCAAACAAACGCUCUAGAAUUACUUAAGUUCGUGGAAAGUGGAAUCAAACAUCAUAUUUCAAAAGUAUUUGGUACAGAGGAAUUCGAAUUAGAUAAUUUCCAUCUUUUGUCUAACUUCCCGUGUGAAUCGACAGCAGCUUAUAUCAACAUAGAAACCAUCCAGCUGUUUCUUUACAUGACAGUUCAUAUAGAGGGAUAUGUUCCACGUUUUCGGACGGAAAAUUCUUUGUUAGAUAACACUUCUGAUAUGUGGAAUAUAUCUGUAGAUAGUGGGAGAUUUAUCAGUCUUGCUUCCAAAACGAGCUUGAGAGCUGUGAUGACACCAUCCAUAAUAGAGAAAGCAUCCUUCAAAGAAACGUGUUACAUUCAAAGGUUUUCCAAUCACCGCUUUGUCCCUCUGCAGACGUUUAGGUCAGUCUACGUUACAAAAGUUCUUUUAUGUCAACAAAUCGAACUCGAAAGUGACGAAUAUGACGUCAACACGGUCAAUAUGGAAAUAACAAUUCACAGCCUCGGAAAGACUCUCCCGUUUGACAAAUUCCAAAGAUCUUCUCACGGUAGAGUUCGCGUCUGUGUGGAAGACGUUGACGCCAUCUCAGAUCCAGUGGUGGAAUAUGUAGACCCGACACUUCCGAUACUAACUCUUGUCUGUAAUAUGGCUUCGUUGAUUUGUCUGUUUCUAACGUUUGUUGUCUAUCUGGUCAAUCCGACCCUUCAGUCAAUACCAGGCAUUAAUAACAUGUGUCUGGUGUUUUCUUUGUUCUUCACUCAACUCUCCUUCCAGUUUGGGUUAAUGGCUCCGGUAGAUUCUGUUUUAUGUGAAGUUAUUGGCAUGGUCAUGCAUGUCUUAUGGUUGUCAGUGUUUGGUUGUAUGAAUAUUUGCUCGUUUCAUAUGUUCAGGGUUUUUAGUGGAAUAGGUAGCUAUCAUAUAGUUCAUAACAAACUUAAAACGCUGAAGAGUUACAUGUCGUAUUCGUUUGGACUUCCGGUCAUAAUCGUUGGUCUAAAUACAACAUUCACUCUCGGAUUUAACAAAGGGCAGAUAACUGGGUAUGGAGUCGGCAAAUGUUUCAUAUCAAAUAAAAUAUCUUUCUAUUUAACGUUUCUGUCACCGAUAGUUAUAGUGUGUUUAUCGAACAUAAUUUUCUUUUCAAUCACAGCCUAUAAAAUACGUAAUGCUCCACGUAUCGAGAGCAAUCAUGAAAAUCAUCGUCAUUUUGGGAUAUAUAUUAAGCUGUUUUUCAUAACAGGUGUCACAUGGUUAGCAACGGUGAUUGAAGCCUUUUUUCCUGAGUCGAUAGUUUCGUAUUUCACUACAAUACUUAACGGGUGUCAAGGUGUUUUUAUUUUCAUUGGCUUUAUAGUCAACAGAAGAGUGUUCUUGUUGUUGAAAGAAAAAAUCAACAUCAGAGAUAAUCCCUUCAGUAGAACCAACUCUCCUCAAGUGACCCGGACAAGUACCUUCAACAUGAAUUCCUCUUCCAAGGACAACGAAUAAUUCUUGAUGGUAACAUUUCGGAAUUUCAUAUGGAAUUUAUUUAACGAGAUUAAUCAAUUUCAUGCGGUACUUAUAUAUAUGGGAAUAUACUUUUUACUAUACGGGGAAAAUAUUACGUUGAUUGUACAAAAGACACAAGAUAACUUUCUGUGAGUUAAAUAUAGUUGAGCCGAAAUGAAUUAGACUGCAUCAUAUAUAAUUCUCCUCCUUCUUAGACUCGUCAGUGAUGCUAAGGGCCUGAAAUGUAUAUUAGACAGACGAAUAUAGACUCGGGCAUGCUGUGUUUCUCAAUAGGGAGGCAAUCACAAAACGUCAUAGAGUUAUUGUGACGGGAUUGACAGGGUUAGCACGGACCUUGAGAAAGCCUUGAAUUUCACAUUGGGCCUUGAAAAGCCUUGGAUUUCAUUCUGGACCUUUAAAAGCAGAGUUUAUUUACUAAGGAAUAUCUUUUUGGGUGUCAUUGGAUAAGUUAAUUUUCAGAUAAAAAAUUAACCCGGAAAUUCCAAAAAUAUAUUAUCUUUUUGUGAAAUAAUCAUAUGAUGGUACAAAAUUGGAGUGAGUAUAAAGGGAUAGACGUAUUGUUAGUAUCAUUGUGACGUCACUUGGUAUACUGAACCUCUUAUGUAUUAAUGAAUAUGUGAAAAUAUAGAUUGUGAAUGGUUCCUUUUAAGCCUAACACUCCCAAGGAAAUAAAAAUGUAUAUUUUCA